AUGGAAGACGAGCGCGCCGAAGAGCUCAGCACGCUACAGUCCAUCUACCCAGAGUUGGUCAUCAACGAUAGCGACCCGUACUCUGCCACUCUUGAACUGCUCGUGGCGCCCACGAAGCCACUGCCUAUCACCUUCGAGCCGCAGCAAGAUGUCGAACGACUCCCAUAUCUACCCCCACUACGUCUCGAGAUUAUCCUACCCGCCGAGUAUCCCGAACACAUACCGCCUGUCGUGAAGUUGUCUACUUCGCCAUCGUGGCUGCGCCAGGACCUUCAGGCUACGUUGACAGCCGAAGCAAAGACAUUAUGGGAUGAAUAUGGCGGGGGUUCUAUUCUGUUCGCUUAUAUCAGCUCUAUACAAGAACAAGCCGAGAAUGCCUUCGGUCUGCAGGAACUCACCUUACCUUCUUCUAUGCGCAAGGUACUGGUUGAUUACAGUCGCCGGAUGAAAAAGGAGCUUUUCGACAAAGACACGUUCGAUUGCGAAGUCUGUCUCGAGCCGAAGAAGGGAUCUUCCUGUUACCGCAUGGCCCGCUGUAGCCAUGUCUUUUGCAUCAACUGCCUCCAGGACUACUACAACAACUGUAUCAAGGAGGGUGACGUCAACAACGUCAAGUGCAUGUCAACCGAGUGUGGUAGUAGUGGGAAGAAGAAAGAUCGGCUCUUGUCACCCAAGGAGCUGUUAUCGAUCCCUAUAGCUCGCGACCAAGUCGAGCGAUAUGCCAAAAUCAAGCGGAAGAAGAAGAUUGAAUCCGACCCCAACAUUGUGUUUUGUCCGCGGACAUGGUGUCAAGGCGCUAUGCGGACAGACAAGUAUCCUAAGAUUACCGACGUAACUCAAAUGGAUGAUUCGGAUUCCGAAGCAGACGAUGAGGCUCCAACCCAGCAGCGGGACACCGAUGUCGAAACUGGCCCGGAAAAGCGUGGAAUUGGCGUCCGAGGUAUGGAUCGGUUGCAGGUCUGUGAAGAUUGCACCCUCGCUUUCUGUGUUGUCUGCCUAGCAUCGUGGCACGGAGACUUUGUACGCUGCGAGCCGCGCGAUGCUACACAACUCACCGAAGAGGAUCAGGCGUCGCUCAAUUUUAUCUCCAAGAACACUACGCCAUGCCCUUAUUGCUCUGUGCCGUGCCAGAAGAGCAUGGGCUGCAAUCACAUGACGUGCGCGCAGUGCAAGUCACACUUCUGCUAUCUUUGCUCGGCGUGGCUCAAUCCAGAUCACCCAUACGCGCACUUCAACGACCCCAAGAACAAGAAUUGCUUUAUGCGUCUCAUGGACGGAGCCGAAGGCGACAUGGGAAACGGUGCUCAUGAAUGGACAUUCAAACUAUAUCCUUCCUAA